UCCAACAUGUCUCCGCUGAAGACCUCAGUCCUGCUCUUGGCUCUGUUCCUCCCGUCGCUGUUUGCCACAGUGGACAAUGCCUUGGGUUCACCCAGGACUGGGUCAUCUUCUCCAGACGGUGGCAACCGUAGCUCCAAGUGCCAGGAAAACACCGAAUGCCAGGAAGGUGUGAUCUUACCUGUGUGGCUCCCCCAGAAUCCUUCCGUCGGAGAUAAGGUAGCCCGGGCUAUCGUUUACUUUGUGGCCCUCAUCUACAUGUUCCUGGGCAUGUCCAUCAUUGCCGACCGCUUCAUGGCCUCCAUCGAAGUGAUCACCUCGCAGGAGAAGGAGAUCACCAUUAAGAAACCCAACGGGGAGACCACGACGACCACAAUCCGCAUCUGGAACGAGACGGUCUCCAACCUAACCUUGAUGGCCCUGGGAUCUUCGGCGCCCGAGAUACUCCUCUCCAUCAUUGAGAUUGUGGGUCAUGGCUUUCAUGCAGGAGACAUGGGUCCCAGCACCAUUGUGGGCAGCGCCGCUUUUAACAUGUUCAUCAUCAUUGCCAUUUGCAUCCACGUGGUCCCUCAGGGUGAGGUACGGCGCAUCAAACACCUGCGGGUUUUCUUCGUCACGGCGGCGUGGAGCAUUUUCGCCUACAUCUGGUUGUACCUCAUCUUGGCCUGGUUCUCUCCCGGCGAGGUCGAACUAUGGGAAGGUCUUCUCACCUUCCUGUUUUUCCCAGUCUGUGUCCUCCAAGCUUGGGUGGCUGACCGGCGACUCCUCUUCUACAAGUACGUGCAGAAAAAGUACCGGACGGAUAAAUCACGGAGUCUCAUUAUCGAGAGCGAGGGAGACACCGGCUACCCGAAAAUGGACAUUGAGAUGGAUAACUCACUCAAGGAAGGAUCGGAAGGUCUGGGGGAUACGGGUAAGGAUCAAGACGAGGAGGCCCGCAGAGACAUGGCUCGGACCUUGCGGGAUUUGAAACAGAAGUACCCCGAAAAGGACAUGGAACAACUGAUUGAAAUGGCCAACUAUCAAGUACUGGUCCAGCAGCAGAAGAGCCGCGCAUUCUACCGCAUCCAAGCGACCCGUAUGAUGAUCGGAGCUGGGAACAUCCUCAAGAAACACGCGGCCGAUCAGGCCCGCAAAGCAAUCAGCAUGCAAGAAGUCCAGAUGGAGGAAGAUGAAUCGGUGACGAGAAUUGGUUUCGAGCCAGCUCACUAUCAGUGCUUUGAGAACUGUGGCUCUGUAGUCCUGACCGUGGUCCGUCGAGGAGGGGACCUGGCCUGCGUCACUGUGCGAGUGGACUUCCGUACAGAGGACGGAACGGCGAACGCUGGCUCCGACUAUGAAUUUGCAGAGGGUACCUUGCUCUUCAAGCCGGGAGAGACGCACAAGGAACUGCGGGUAGGGAUCAUUGACGAUGAUAUUUUUGAAGAGGACGAAUAUUUUUACGUCCACCUCAGUAACGCCAGGGCAGCCUGGGCCGAGCUAGGGCCGGAGCCUCCUCCAAAAGCUUGUCUCUUACCCUCCAAGAUGGCCACCGUGACGAUCUUCGAUGAUGACCACGCUGGUAUCUUUACUUUUGAGGGACCCUCUAAGCGAGUGAACGAAAGCGUAGGUGUGGUACACAUCAAAGUGUUGAGGACUUCGGGGGCCCGCGGGCGAGUGGCCAUCCCCUAUCACACCAUCGAGGGCACGGCAAAAGCCGGCGAGGAUUACGAGGAAGUGGCCGGCAAGGUGGAAUUUCAGAACGACGAGACAGUAAGAUACAUCGAGAUAAAAAUCAUCGACGAUGAGGAGUAUGAAAAAAAUAAGAAUUUUUACCUGGAAUUGGGACCCCCGGUUAUUUUGGACAUCGGACUGCAGCACGGUGACACCAAUGAGAAUCAGCUUCCUGCAGGGGAGCAGGAAAAAAUUGCCAAAAUGGGAUACCCCAGUUUGGGAGAAAACUCCAAACUUGAAGUUAUCAUUGAGGAAUCUUACGAGUUCAAGAGCACUGUGGACAAACUGAUCAAGAAAACCAACUUAGCACUUGUGGUGGGAAGCAGCAGUUGGCGAGAGCAGUUCGUGAGCGCCGUCACGGUCAGUGCCGGUGAUGAUGAAGACGACGACUCGGGCGAGGACCGUCUUCCUUCCUGCUUCGACUACAUCAUGCAUUUCCUCACCGUCUUCUGGAAAGUUCUCUUCGCCUUCGUGCCGCCCACCGAGUAUUGGUGUGGCUGGGCUUGCUUCCUGGUCUCAAUCUGCCUUAUCGGGGUGCUCACCGCCCUCACUGGGGACCUGGCCUCUCACUUCGGCUGCACCAUCGGCCUCAAGGACUCAGUCACGGCGGUGGUGUUCGUGGCGCUGGGUACCUCCGUGCCCGAUACCUUCGCCAGCAAGGUGGCCGCCAUCCAAGACCAGUACGCCGAUGCUUCCAUCGGUAACGUGACGGGCAGCAACGCAGUGAACGUCUUCCUGGGCAUCGGGGUGGCCUGGACCAUCGCCGCCAGUUACUGGGCCAGCCAGGGGAAGCCCUUCGAGGUUCAGCCGGGCACCCUGGCAUUCUCCGUCACCCUCUUCACCAUCUUUGCCUUCAUCAGCAUCGCGGUGCUGUUGUACCGGCGCCGGCCUCCGGUGGGGGGCGAGCUGGGAGGUCCCCGAACCCCAAAACUGCUGUCCACCCUGCUUUUCAUCAGCCUCUGGCUGGUCUACAUCCUCUUAGCGGCUUUGGAAGCCUAUUGCCAUAUCGAAGGUUUCUGA